AUGUCUGGUCUGAGGGAACUAAGAAGAACAGGCUUGGGCUGGAACUCUAUAAUAUGGCAAUUUGGCAAGAAAAUCGACGGAUUGCAAAUCACAGGAGGUCGGCCCGCCACCCCACGACAACACACCGAAAAGCAGCGAUGCCCCUCAGUUCGCAUGCCACGCCACCAUCCCUCUAUCUUCAGACAUUCAGACCAGGCUCACUGCGAAACAGACAUGACUUCGGCAGCAGAGACCGUCCAGUUGCCUGAACGGCCAAAAGGGCCGAAUCCUUCGGAGGGAAAAGAGGCAAAAACGAAAGAGAAACCUCCGAAGAACAACAACAAGGGAGCUGCUAAGCCGCCCAAAAAUUCUAACGAUGAUGCCACAACUGAUGAUCCGGACGCCAUGUUCAAACUGGGCUUCCUCGCGGAUGUUUAUGCAGAGAGACCACUUUCCGAAAAAAUUCCAAAAAUCAGGACUCGCUUCCCCCCAGAGCCCAACGGAUUCCUGCACAUCGGUCACAGCAAAGCGAUCGCCGUGAAUUUUGGAUUUGCGCGGUAUCAUGGAGGCGAAUGUAUCCUUCGCUUUGAUGAUACGAAUCCCGAAGGCGAGGAGGAAAUAUAUUACCGUGGCAUUGAAGACAUCAUCAACUGGCUAGGGUUUAAGCCUGUUCGUGUCACAAACGCUAGCGAUAACUUUGAGCGCCUUUAUGAGCUCGCCCUAGAGCUUAUCCGACGGGACGCUGCCUACGUUUGCCAUUGUACCAAGGCUGAGAUGAAAGCCCAGCGUGGUGAGGCUGACGGGGAGCGGGGGAAAGCAAGAUACGCCUGCGUCCAUCGAUCGCGCCCCAUCGAGGAAUCUCUACGGGAGUUUAAAGCCAUGAGGGAAGGCAAAUACAAAACUGGAGAGGCUUCGCUCAGAAUGAAAAUGAACCUGGAGGAUCCCAAUCCGCAGAUGUGGGAUAUCGUUGCCUGGCGUAUCUUGGAUGUUGACGAGAAGCCUCACUAUCGCACUGGUGGCCAGUGGAAGAUACUCCCAACCUACGACUUCGCCCAUCCCCUGUGUGACAGUAUAGAGGAGAUCACUCAUUCGCUUUGUACGGUGGAGUUUGAAAAUUCGCGGGCUUCCUAUGAGUGGCUCUGUGAUAAGCUUGAUGUCUACAAGCCAAUGCAGAGAGAGUACGGUCGAUUAAAUAUCACUGGGACAGUUCUCUCAAAGCGCAAGAUUGUUGAGCUGGUCAAGAGGGGCUACGUGCGGGGCUGGGAGGAUCCACGACUCUACACACUGAUAGCUUUGCGUAGGCGAGGAGUGCCUCCAGGGGCCAUCCUUUCCUUCGUGAACAAUCUAGGUGUUACCAAGGCCAACGCUAUCGUCCAGGUGACGAAGUUUGAGCAGAUUGUUCGUCAGUAUCUGGAGACGACUGUGCCACGUCUGAUGGUGGUUCUGGAGCCACUCAAAGUGAUCAUCGAUGACCUGCCAGACGGCUAUGAGGAGAUGGUCGAGGUUCCAUUCUCAAAAGAUCCAUCUUUUGGCACGCACCGGGUACCUUUCAGCAAGGUCGUCUAUAUCGAGCGCUCUGACUUCCGAGAGCAAGACGCGCCAGACUAUUUCCGUCUUGCGCCUGGCAAGACCGUCGGCCUUUUGAAGGUGCCUUUCCCUAUCACUGCAACGUCCUUUGAGAAGGACCCUCAGACUGGCGAGGUGACCUGUGUCCACGCCAAAUACGAGAAGCCAGAAGAUGGAUCGUCGACUCCUCUGAAGAAGGCCAAGACUUACAUCCACUGGGUCGGUGAAUCUGCUGCACACAACAGCCCCAUCAAGGCCGAAGUCCGCGCCUUCAAUCCCCUGUUCAAAUCCGACGAUCCGAACGCACACCCAGACGGAUUCCUGGCAGACAUCAACCCGGAUUCUGAGCAGAUUUAUCCAAAUGCGUAUAUCGAGACGGGCUUCCGCGAGGUGUCUAAGUCUGCUCCAUGGCCGAAAGAGAGCGGAGGCGAGUCCAGCACUGAGAUAAGUCCAUACUCGAUUCGGUUCCAGGGAAUGCGGGUGGCGUACUUUGCGGUGGACCAGGACUCGACUCCUGAGAAGGUGGUUCUGAAUCGGAUUGUGACGUUGAAAGAUACGCGGGGGAAGACGUAA